AUAUACUCCAAUGGAGGAAGGCGCGGUGCAUGCCGCGCAACCCCCCAGACGGCUGGUAGAGAAAUACCCAAUUCUUUCAAGGAGGAGGCCCAACAACGGGGCUGAGGGUGUCGGAAAGAGCCCACCUUUCCACCCCCGUGGUAACUGAUAGGUCUCGAACCCACGCCUUAGCACCCCGCCGAAGCGCAAGGCAGAAACUCUACCAGGGUUCUUUUAGGUCAGUUUCUUUCACAGACCGGAUGCGGCAUCUGCUCUGUGUUAGAUUCUGAACGGGGUCAGUUGAAGCCUCCUUAAUUGGGGUGAGCCCGACGAGGACCAGUUUUCCUCCAGGAGGAGACUGGUGGGCUUUUUUUGGUAUAUUCAGGGUUGUAGGUGGGUGGCUAGGGUGGACUCUUUUGCAGAACAGGUAUAAUUCUGUUCUGUGUUUGAGGCUGCCACAUUCAGGCAAUUCCUUCCGAGAUGUCUGAAUUUUUUUUAGCUAGACUCGGGUCUCUCCUUCCGAGAGGCCUGAGUGGUCAGGCUGCCUUCUUCAGAGGAGCCUGUUGGGUGUGGGGUUUUUUUUUUUUUUUUUUUGGGGGGGGGUCCUUUUUUCUAUGUGUGUAUGUGAGUAAGAUGUGAUCUUAAUUUUCUUAUUUUUUUUAAGCCUGUUGUGUCCCCUAGCAGCAAGAAGCGGAUGCCGUGGUGACCUGCCCGAUGUGGAAGCUAGGCCUCUGGGCCCUCUUGGCAGGGGGCGCACCUCUCUGGCUGACUGGUUAUGGGAGGGCUUCCCAUCUGGCUGGGUGCAGGUUCGGUCCCCAGGAAUGAACCCACGGCCAGCUAGAUGAGGGGCUGAGCCUUUGACCAGCUGCCCGGGGAGGCGCCCCCUCGCAGGGCAGGGUCUGGGUGCUCUCCGCCUUGGGGAGGUCACUAAAGCAAGAAGAGGUAAAUAUAUAGGAGCUGAUUUUGUAGAGCAUUGUGAUCGAGAACACCAUGUAUCUGUAACAGGAAUUUCCAUAAUAAACGUUAUAUGUACCGCGAUGCUGUCUGUCCUUUCUCCCUCCCUGCCAGGUGUUAUAGUAGGAUAUCAAUGUAUUAUUAUUAUUUAAUAUCACCACGAAUUAGGCAUACAAUUGUCAAUGGAAAAACCCACGACAGAUAGAUCACGCCACCUUAUAGGAAUGUCGUCCGUCAGUGUUUACCACCUUGGUGUUUACCGUCUCAGUUUUGUAUACUUCGCACUCCGAUGGUGCGUGGAGGUCACCUUGACAUACGUGACCAAUUGUAACAAUUAUUUUCCAACCUGUAACUCGCCACUCCUUCACGAGAGUCCGACUGACACACAACGACAGUCGCUCUCGCUCCGUCGCUUCUUGUACAUAAAGGCUACGAAUAUAAUUCGCCUUAAGGAAGCUGAAGUCUUAAUCAACACCCUUUAAACGCCCCCCGACAACCCCAUGACCACUGUAUUUAUGCGGGCUUUUUUUUUAGCACUCUUUUUGUUGCCCUUGAGUGUAGUGCGACUUGCCUGAUGGGCCAGCCUCCCAUAAUCCACUUAGCCAGGGGGGUACCUCUUUGGCUAACUGGUUAAGGAGUGGCUCUCCUGUCUCGCUGGUAGCGGGUUCGAUCCCCGGCGCCGGUAAAACCUUUCCUUGUCGGGAUCAUUUUCUUGUGUGUUUCGUUACACGCGGUGGUCGUGUUGGAGUAGAGAAAAGGGAAAAUUCUGGCAUUUCAUGAGUUCUCCUUUGUUGUACUGGGAUGCUUUCUGCAUAUCUCCCUCCCUGCCAGGCCAUCAUUUCUCUCUCUCUCUCUGUGUCUCUGUCUCUCUAUGUCUCUGUCUCCAAUGUGGAUAUGCAGUGUGAAGUCUCCUAAGAACUGGAAAUGAUUGCUGUGGAAAAUUACAGUAUACAUCUCGUCCCUCUAUGUUUGCCGCUGCACUACCCAGGGAUUGGCACAUCCACUCAAGUCUCCAAGGAACCUUCGCGGCCGAGCUUCAAGCACAGAAUAUCAUGGUCUACCCCUGGAUGACCCGGUCAUUCAUAUGGGGGAGAGGAUUCAUACAUGCGAUAAGGCUCCAAGAACAUCGUGUACGAGGUCGUGAACGGUGGAAUGUUGGGUAGCAAGAAAGGGGUCAACCUGCCUGGCGUUCCCAUUGACCUGCCCGCUGUGUCUGAAAAAGAUCGCAGUGACCUCCCCGGGGUCAAAAUGGGGGUGGGUAUGGUGUUCACGUCCUUCAUUAGGGAUGCCGCAGGGGUCAGGGAGAUCAAGAACAUGCUGGGUGAGGAGGGGAAGAACAUCAAGAUAAUCAGCAAGAUCGAGAACCACCAGGGCUGCAAUGACAUUGACUCCAUAAUAGAGGAAGGGGACGGCAUCAUGUUUGCUUGUGGUGACCUGGGUAUUGAGGUUCCCGUUGAGAAGGUCUUCAUCGCACAGAGACAGAUGCUGGCAAAGUGCAACAAGCUAACAUGGAGGUGGUGAGUGAGGGAGCUGCAGGGGACAGCCAACAGGACCUCCAGAUGGGGCUCGCGUCAAAAGCAAAGAAAGGUAACGUUCAACACUCUAACGCAACUUGAUCCUCCAUGGUACAUAUUGUCCUCGCAUCCAUCAAGCAGUGGAGAGGCUUGGCUCCUAGACUCCACUACAUUUCUAAUCCAUUGUCCUCCAUUAAGUUUAUGGUCAUAUUCAAGUCACUAGUCUGUAUCACUCAUCUCAUUGAUGUUAGAAUCUCGGAUACAUAGCUUUCAGAUUAUUAUUAUUACACAAUUAUAAAUAUUCAAACUGCACCAUAUUACAGAUGCUGAA